AUGCUGCUCACCCAACUCCCCCCCGAAACAAUCCACAACAUCCUCCGCCACGUCGACCCCGACGACCUACCCAACGUCGCCCAAACCUGUCGGGCGCUAUACAACUUUGUCGUUGACAACAAUCCGCUGUGUCGAGAGAUUUAUCUUCGAGAGUUUGACGCCUUCUCCAAUGGAACGGCAGCAAGACAAUCCGAGAGUUCUGGGUCUGAACAGCAGCAGCAGCAGCAGCAGCAGCAGAUAAAUUACGCCCGCGAACUAGCCGAUUUGUACAAGCUCAAACGUCUGUGCUCGCCAACGUCGAAGAUCGAGGAUGAGAAGCGCAAGGCGGAGCUGCCGUUUGUGAGGGAUGUGGUGGUGAGGUUUUUGAAGAGGGCCGUGCAAACGCAGUAUGGGGGGGAUAGCACCACAGUCAGGGAGUCGAGGAGCAGCAGGUCCAAGACCUACCCCGUGUCGAAGAAUGCGGAGUGGUUAACAACGCUGUUUGCGUCGAGUACCGCGAGGGAGGCGUUCCUGUGUCGGUCGUUUUUGUGGGAGCGGGCCAGGGCGCUAGCCGUGGAGGGGAAGAGGCCGGUGAGGGGGGAGAGGAAAAGUGAGGGGGAAGUCAGUGAGAAGAAGGAAGAUGGGGAGGAGAAGGAUAACGGCGAGGGGAGCAGCUCCAGCCAGGAGAGUAUGACCAGGACGGGGAGUAACGAGAUGAGCCCCAACUGCACCUGCAGAAGGCGAAGCGCGAGGAAUAAGUCGCCCAAGGUCCUUCGUCGCAGUGAAGACCCCGAGGUCCAGGCUGUGUAUCAGGCCAGUGCCCACCUACACUGCUUGUAUGGGUGCAGCCUGGCAUCGGCUGUCGCGCCGGCCGUGUCCAUCCCGAUCUGUGUGCAUGGGAGGGUCGUGGGCCGACGUAUUGGUGCCAGCGGCGGGCGCGGCUUAUACGCCCUGGCAUGCUCCAAGGUCUACGAUCUGCGCGAGUACACCCCUGGCACUAGAUGGGGCCCCUUUCUGGAGCAGGAUGAUCUGACAGAGGGCCCGAAGGUGGACUGGGAGAAGGUCGAGGCGAUCUUGAUUGUACUGGGGACGAACAUUCGGCAUAAGGGGUUGGAGGGGUGGCCGAUAUUCCAGAACUUUUGGGGGAAGCCUUUUGCGGGGGUUUGGCCCGGGAGUUAUAUCCCCUGGUGGAAGGGUAAAGAUAAGGAGGAGGAUCGGAGGGAGCUGGAGAGGACGGAUCCGUAUGGGGUUAGUGGGAACUACAGCGAUUUCUUCGCUUUCAACUUCCCCUGGCGAGAUAACCUCCCGAACGACGUCCCCAGGCCCCCGAUCGGCGUAGGCGAAGCCAUGCGCCUCAUCCUAAUGCGCACGCGCGUCUCGCGCAUCGAACCCCCCGGCCCCUCCGAUCACCCCGACUACCCUGUCGUGCACUUCGUCGGCUUCUCCCGCGCGCUGGACGGCAGCUGGGACGACAAUGCCGACGCCGACCUGCGCGGCACGGUGCGUAUGACUCCCGAGGGCGAGGUCUGGUGGACGUCAUACAGCAUCUAUAACGGAGAGGAGCGCUGGAAGAGUGAGGGGAUCCAGUUGGGCGGGAUCAGGUCGGCCCGCGGGGUGGUCGGGAAUUGGUUUGAUAAGGACUAUGACCCCAACGGGCCGUGCGGGCCGACGGCGUGGUGGAAGGUGUCGGAUCGAGUGGCCAAGGGGGAGGAGUUGCAGGGGACGUUUUUGGAGGAUUUGUUGCCUAUUAUAGAUGAUGCUAUGGCGGAGUAUGAGCACGAAGGGCACGAGGGAGAUCCGGAUUUUGAGGAUGAGGUGUUCCUGGAGCAUGGGAUUGAUAUUGGUUUGCACUGGGGGUUUGAUGAUGGCUUUGGAGAGGACUUUGAUGAUACGUUUGGGGAUGAGGAGCACGCAUGGGAUUUGGGGUAUUUUGAUCAUGGGUCUUUUUUCGAUUAUAUGGGAGGGGAUUUAGGGGAUGAAGAGGAUGGGCAUGAGCAUGAGGAGGAUGAGGAGGACGAGGAUGAGGGAGAUGGAUGGUAA